CGAGGGAAAGGCGAGGAUCCGGCAUGUCGGCACCUGUUGAGACACAACAAAAAGCCACAGCAUCACAAAGCCGUUUGGUUGGGCGCCAUAGGAUUCUUUCGCUCGACGCCUGGACUGCCUCCAAGAUGAAGUGGCGUCUAACUGCCGUCUCAGGCCCGCUUAGCGUCAUCGGUUGGCGUCAUUCAACCCGGGCUCGAGAUUCGUUAUGGGCUAAGGGGUCAGGCAAAAUAGCCAUCGAAAAGGAUCGUUAAAGACGAUUUAAAUGCUCGAUUCCUCCCUUUGUUUCGUUUUUCAAACCAGAGCCUCAAGCAUCUCAGUCGACUUUCAUUACCGGAUCAACACACUCGUUUACCAGUAUCAUUCUCUUCAACUACAAACAUACAAUUUUUUCGAGACUUCCAACUUGUUGAUAAACACGAAAACAAUUCCGAAAAAGAACAAGCAAUUAUAAAAAUGUCCUACAGACUUGUCGCUUCUGUCGCUGUCCUUGCGACCACCGUCCUGGCCAAGACGGACCUCGCCGGCUGUGUAUCCUCCGACUCGGUCGUCACCCCCACCCAGGGCGGCACUCCCUAUGCGACCGUCGUCUGGUACGUCCCCGGCACCGGCGAGAUCUGCGCCGCCCUCGACUGCGGCGGCGGCCGCGCCCCUCCCAGGACUGAUGUCCCCGGAUGCAUCGGGUACAAGGGCACCGCAUCGUACUCGCCUUCGUUCCUUCCGAUGGCGACCAGCGACGCGGCUUACGCCCAGCCCACGCGGCCGUCCGUCAUCACGUCGGCUCCGGAGAGCGCCAUCCCCACCGUCUCCGAUACUGCUGCCGCAAUCGAGACCAAGCCAAGCGAGACCGAUCUGGUUGAGAGCGAGUGUACCACCGAGGUCUCGACUUCGGCUGCGCCAGCUGUCACCGAUGUCGUCUCUCCUCCUGCUGGGCUGAACGCGACGGCCUCUUUCCUGAUGACUACCCCCAAGACGGCCGCUAGCCCCCAGACUUCCAUCUUGAGCAACGGAUCCGCUCCCACCUCGGCCAUUACCAGACCCAGUUCUGCGGCUCCAUUUGGGGCGUCGCGCGAAGUAUUCGGCCUGAUUGCCGGCAUGGCUAUCGCAGCGGUUUUGUUGUAAAGGCUCUUUAUUCGGACGUUAAGGGGGAGGAAUUUGUGGUCUAUCCGUAGACAGUCUAAUAACAGUGCAUUAAUACACUUCAAUUUGCU